GCCGUGCCGGGGCCGUGCCGGGGCCGUGCCGGGGCCGUACCGGAGCCAUGUCUUCGCGGACGCUGCCGCUGCUGUUCCUGAACCUGGGCGGGGAGAUGCUCUACAUCCUGGACCAGCGGCUGCGCGCACAGAGCAUCCCCGGGGAGAAGGCGCGCAAAGAUGAAUGGACAGAUGUGGACAGGAAACGAGUGAUGAACGACAUCAUCGCCACCAUGUUCAACAAAAAAUUCAUAGAGGAGCUGUUCAAACCCCAGGAUCUGUAUUCCAAGAAAGCUCUGCGCACCGUGUACGACCGGCUGGCUCAUGCCUCCAUCAUGAGACUGAACCAGGCCAGCAUGGACAAGCUCUACGACCUCAUGACCAUGGCCUUCAAAUACCAAGUGCUGCUGUGCCCUCGGCCCAGGGACAUUCUGCUGGUCACGUACAACCACCUGGAUACCAUCAAGGAUUUCAUCUCUGACUCCCCUGGCAUUCUGAACCAGGUGGAUGAGACUUUGCGGCGGCUGAUUGAAACCUACAACUGUCUCUCUGAUGGUGAAUUCCAGCUCAUCAGGCAAACACUUCUCAUUUUCUUCCAGGACAUGCACAUCAGGGUCUCCAUCUUCCUGAAGGAUAAAGUGCAGAACUCGAACGGUCGCUUCGUGCUGCCAAUCUCAGGGCCUGUCCCGUGGGGCACAGAGGUGCCAGGACUCAUCAGGAUAUUCAAUCACAAAGGAGUGGAAGUUAAAAGGGCUGAGUUCACCACUGCUGGGAAUUAUGUUAUUCCACAAAGGGAAGGAUCUUUUGAGCUUUAUGGAGACAGAGUCCUCAAACUUGGAACAAAUAUGUACAGCAUGACUCGGCCAGUGGAGACACACAUGUCGAGAUCAUCCAAAAAACUGGUAUCCCAGGCAAAGGAGAACAUAGCUCCCAACCCUCUUGCUAAAGAAGAGCUGAACUUUCUGGCCCGGCUGCUGGGAGGUUUGGACAUCCAGAAACCCGCUGGUGGAGAGACGGGAUUUCGGCUGAAUUUGUUCACAACCGACGAGGAGGAGGAACACGCCGCACAGACCAGACCAGAAGAGUUGUCCUACAAGGUUAUCAACAUUGAAGCCACACAGGAGCCGGGGCGGCGGGAGGAGCUGUCCCGCAUCCUGGGCGAGCUGGAGGUGACGGAGCCGCGCCCGGGCAGCGCCGAGAAGGGCGAGGAUCUGCUGGCACUGAUGGACGGGCUCUGAGCGGGACACACGGAGACCGGGCCCUGGGGACAGCGGGACACGGGGACAGCGGGACAUCGGGACAUGCGGACGCCGGGACUUGGGGACAUCGGGACUUGGGGACAUCGGGACAUGGGGACACGCGGACGCCGGGACUUGGGGACAUUGGGACAUGGGGACACGCGGACACCCACCGGGGUGCGCGCGCAGCCGCCCCGCCCAUCCCAGCCGCGGGGCGGGGCUCGGGGCGGGGCCGCGCGUGUGCCGAGGGCCGGGCUCAGGGCGGGGCCGCGCGUGUGCCCACCACAGGCCUUAGAGCUGUCUGGCAGCAUCUCGGUGAUAGCAGGGGAAAUGUGGGGCUGAUGCCAGGAGCGCUGCUGGUCACAGAAGUGGGUACAUGUAUUGUUUUGGUAUGGCCUGGUUUUUGGUAGCUGGGAGGCCUUAGAGGUGGCUCCCUGUGAGGAGCUGCAAGAAGCUGCCAUCAUGUCCGGCAGAGCCAAUCCCUGAUGGCUCUGAAGAUGGACAUGCUGCUGGCCGAGGCUGGGCCAAUAAGAGAGGCUGGUAAUACCUCUGUGCUAACAUAUUUAAGAAGAAAUUAGAAAAAAAAUCACAGGGGGCUUUCCUUUGAGUCAGAGAAGAGGAGGAGGUGAGAACAUGUGAGGAGAAACAACGUAGAGACACCCAGGUCAGUGCAGAAGUCAGGGUAGGAGGUGCUUCAGGUACCACAGCUGAGUCUCUACUGCAGGCCGUGGUAGUUACCAUGGUGAAGCAGCUGUGCUCCUGAAGCCCCUGAGGUUCCACAGGCAUGCAGAGAUGCAUCCCAGAGCCUGUGGGAAACUAUGGAGAUUCAGAGAUCCAUGCACAGCACGUAGGGGUGGUGCCCAUGCUGGACCAUGUGCGUACCUGGAGGAGGCUGUGAUUAAGUGGGAGAUGUAGAGCAAGAGGGCCCUGAUUGCAGCUAGAACAGCCUGGCCUUGGAGGACUGCCCACCAUAGGAAUAUACUUUCCAGCCAAGGAGAGAUGCUGUUUUCCCACCAACAGGGUGACUCCAUUCCAGUUUUCUGGAAAAAUCCAGUCCGGGUUUUCCCUCCAACCGGGAGAAUCCAUUCCAGUUUUCCGGAGAAAUCCAGUCCGGGUUUUCCCUCCAACCAGGAGAAUCCAUUCCAGUUUUUGCCGGAAAUCCAGUCCGGGUUUUCCCUCCAACCGGGAGAAUCCAUUCCAGUUUUCCGGAGAAAUCCAGUCCGGGUUUUCCCUCCAACCGGGAGACUCCAUUCCAGUUUUCCGGAGAAAUCCAGUCCGGGUUUUCCCUCCAACCGGGAGAAUCCAUUCCAGUUUUUGCCAGCAAUCCAGUCCGGGUUUUCCCUCCAACCGGGAGAAUCCAUUCCAGUUUUCCGGCGAAAUCCAGUCCGGGUUUUCCCUCCAACCAGGAGAAUCCAUUCCAGUUUUUGCGAGCAAUCCAGUCCGGGUUUUCCCUCCAACCGGGAGAAUCCAUUCCAGUUUUUGCCGGGAAUCCAGUCCGGGUUUUCCCCCUAACUGGGAGAAUCCAUUCCAGUUUUUGCCAGCAAUCCAGGCCGGGUUUUCCCUCCCACCGGGAG